AUGGAAAGGCGAGCGAGGUGCCAUAUGCUUUGGAAACACAGCUCAAUGUGGCCAUGGAAAGCAAGGAACCCUACAGCUUGUAAAGCCCCAGCCAUUGACACCUACAAAUACGCAGCAAUGCAAGCCCAUGUCGCCGGCGGAACGCAGUUCACGGUCGGCGGCGCCAAUGGCUGGAGCGUGCCCACCGCCGGCGCGGAGCCCUUCAACACUUGGGCGGUGAGAACGAGGUACCAGAUCGGUGACUCCCUAGUGUUCGUGUACCCCAAGGACCAGGACUCGGUGCUGCUGGUGGAGCCGGCGGACUACAACGCCUGCAACACGUCGUCGUACGUGAAGAAGUUCGACGACGGCGACACCGUGGUCACGCUCGACCGCUCCGGCCCGCUCUUCUUCAUCAGCGGCGUCGAGGCCAACUGCCGCGCCAACGAGAAGCUCAUCGUCAUGGUCGUCGCGACCCGCAGCAACGGCACCGGCAGCGGCGCGACGGCUCCGAGCACGGCGCCGCCGCCGGCGUCACCGGCAUCACCCCCUCCUGCCAGAUCCACCCCGCCCCCGUCCUCGUCGCCCGCUCCGCCUAAGGCCCCGACCACCGCGUCGCCACCCCCACCGGCCCCGGCGCCGCCCGCCGGCUCCGCUCCGCCUCCGGCCUCUGCCCCCACGACGACACCGAGCACGCCUCCGCCUGCAUCGUCGUCUCCCCCUGCUCCGAGCGCGUCGUCACCUCCUCCGGCGUCGUCGUCAACCCCGCCGGCGCCCUCGGCGAGCUCUCCGACUCCGAGCGCACAUGGGGCGACGGCUAACUCGACGGGCACGCCAUCGUCGCCUCCCGCCGGCGCCUCCAAGGACAAGAACGGCGCCGCCCUCACGGUGGCCACAGGCUUGGCCAGCUCCUUCGGGGCCUGCAUCCUUGGCUACGCCAUGCUUGCUCUCUGA